GCGCGUGUGAGAGAGAGAGAGAGAGAGAGCGCGCGCGCCCCAUUUUCAACUGAACCCUCUUGCCAUGUCGACGUUUCAGUCAAACAACGACAGCCAGCCUUCUGUCAACACAACAGCAUUACCUGGCCAAGACUCGUUGGCGCUGGUGGUUGUUGAUCAGAAUGAAGUAUCUGCUAAUGCGAACAGCAGAGUGCCAGGUGGAGGUGAUUUACAGGCAUAUACAUCAACAAUUAACCAUUCUAAGAGACUUCACAAUGAUCUGCAGUCACUCGGUCUUAAAAUCAAAUGGCACGAGGAUAAAAUAAAAUCUCUGAGGGCUCAGAGCAACAUAUUAUAUGACUCUAUUCUUGAAAAGCGAGUCAUUCUUGGGAUGUAUCAUUCUUCUGCUGCACCUAUUGCUGAAGAUAGUAGCCUUUCCAAUGGAGGUGAGGAUGAAACAACUGAGCAAAUAUUGAAGCAUGAUAAAUCUGCCGCUGGAAUUUGGUGGCAACUUAAAAAUAUUCAUGGCACUCAGGCUCCCAUUCUUGCUUUAUCCAAGGACGUCAUUGGCAUAGCUGCUACUCUAGGCAAAGUUGACGAUGAAAAUCUUAGCAGGCUUCUUUCUGAGUAUCUAGGAGCGGAGAACAUGCUUGCCAUUGUUUGCCAGACUCGACAAGGCCUCAAGGCUCUAGAAACAUAUGAUAGAGCAGGCAGUAUUGAUGAAAGUGCUGGUCUUCAUGGACUAGGUUCUUCCAUCGGGAGGACUUUAAAUGGAAGAUUUCUGUUUAUUUGCUUAGAAGAUCUAAGACCAUACAUUGGUGAUUUUGUAGCCGAUGAUUCGCAGAGGAGGCUUGAUCUCUUUAAGCCCAGGUUACCGAGUGGGGAAUGUCCGCGUGGUUUCCUUGACUUCGCAGUCAAUAUGGUCAACAUAGAAACCACCCAUUUGGUUUGUUCAACACCCAGUGGUCAUGGUCUCAGGGAAACUCUAUUUUACCACCUUUUCUCUCGGACUCAAGUAUAUAGCACAAGGGUGGACAUGCUACGUGCUCGUCCUUUAAUUACUGAUGGAGCCAUCUCUUUGGAUGGUGGAAUAAUCAGAGCUCCUGGCAUGUAUUCCCUAGGCAGGCGGGAGGAUGUGGAUGUGAGAUUUCCAGUACCAUCAGGUGCAUCCAGUCGUCCUACAAAUUACCGUGAGAUAGAAAACCGGAUGAAGGACUUGAAGUGGAAAAGGGAAAAACUGCUGGAAGAUUUGCGACAAGAGCGACAAAUGUUGGAUCACGCUAAACUGGAUUUCGAGAGAAAGAAGCAAGAAUUUUUUAUGUUUCUUGGUCAAAGCUCUUCUUACGCAACCUGCCUGGGUAAUGCCCGAUCCAAUUUAACAGUGAUGCGUUAACCUUACUUUGAAAGACGUUAUAUAUAUAUUUUGGGAACGCUUCUCCGCUGGAUAGCACAUAUUGAUGUCUCUAUGGUACUAAUUUAGUGUGCAAAUUAGGUUCUUGCCGUUCUUUUAUAUAUUUUUAUGUGCAAUUUGAUUAGUAUGAAA